AUGUCCAACCCAGCGUCGCAGUCCACGAUAUCCUUACGGAGUGUAGUAUCCAAUUCAACCCAACAGUUAAUGAAUAAGAAGGUUUCAGAAGAAGAUUCCCUUUACCAUAUUUGUCUUAAUGUAAAGAAAAAACUCGAAUGUUUACCGCAGUUGAAACCAUACUUAAAUCUAGCUUAUGCUAGUGCAGAAGUGGCAAGUGAUCGCCAGGCUCUGUUGUUAUCUCAAAUGGAUCAGCAGGAGCAGCCGGAACAGCAGCCGCAAAGCCCGCAGAACCAAAGCUACAGCAGUAUGAUUUCUUCUUCUACGAGUACCGCUACACCUUCUGAUUCGGAAGUAAGACCCAAUUCGAUUUCAAGCAGUACUAUUGAUGAUUCGGAAUAUACUAAUGCGUUUAAUAUGGAGGAUACGGUUUUGACCUACUCCAUGGGGAUUCUUCCGAUUUCGGUAGACUGUGAUCCUGUAACACAAUUGUCCAAGUUGUUUCAACAGGGGUCUCCUUUGUGCAUCAUAUUCAAUUCCGUAAAGCCCCAUUGCAAACUUCCUGUUGUCUCUUCAGAUGACUUAAAGAUAUGCAAGAAGUCUAUCUACGAUUUUAUUAUGGGGCUGAAGUUACACUUUGCGUUCAACGAUGAGGAGCUAUUCACUAUUACAGAUGUCUUCUCAAAUUCCACCGAUCAAUUUAUUAGGGUAUUAGAUGUGGUUAUAGCGCUAUUAAAUUCAGCUCCUCAAAUCUUCUUUAGAUCCACACCUCAGAGUCCAGAGGAGAUGUCUCAACCAAACACAUAUUUGUCUGACCACGACAAAAUUGUUAAAGAAUUUAUUGAAACGGAGAGGAAAUACGUUCAUGAUUUGGAAUUGUUGAGUAAGUAUAGGCAGCAGUUGCUGGAAAACCAAAUUAUAUCAUCUGAGGAGCUAUAUAUGCUAUUCCCAAAUUUGAAUGAAAUUAUAGACUUCCAAAGAAGAUUCCUCGUUUCACUAGAAAUUAACGGACAGGUUCCUGCGCAGAGACAAAGGAUUGGUGCCUUAUUCAUGCAUUCCAAACACUUUUUUAAACUUUAUGAACCAUGGUCUAUCGGCCAAAAUGCUGCUAUCAACUUUAUCUCAUCCAGUUUUGACAAAAUCCAGUCUCAGGAUUUCGUGAUCGGUAACAAGAUGGAAUUGCAGUCCUUCCUACUAAAGCCAGUCCAGAGGCUUUGCAGAUACCCAUUAUUGUUGAAAGAUCUACUGAAACUGUCAGUUAAAUCGAAGGCCGAUGUCAAUAUCAAAGAAUUGCAAACCGCACUUGAAAUCUCAAAGUCUAUUGCGCGGAGUAUCAAUGAGAACCAACGACGUACGGAAAAUCAUGAAGUGGUGAAGAAAUUGUACGAUCGUGUGCUUAACUGGAAAGGUUACCGUAUUGCAAAAUUUGGAGAACUAUUAUAUUUUGACAAGGUUAAUAUUUCUACGAACAACUCCAAUGAACCUGAGAAGGAAUUUGAGGUUUAUCUAUUUGAAAAAAUUAUUAUAUUGUUCAGCGAGGUAGUACAAAAGAAAUCAUCAACAAGAAGUUUAAAGAUUAAGACAAAUUCAGUGUCUUCUUCUACGCAUGUGCCUGGUGUGAACUCCUCAUCAAAUAGUAUAGCUUUAACUGGUGAUUCGAAACUAGAUCUAAGGGGACGCAUUAUGAUUGUUAAUUUAAUUGAACUACUCCCUAUUGACAACCAUUCACUGAAUAUUACGUGGGAAUCGGCGAAGGAGCAGGGGAAUUUUAUUCUUAAGUUUAGAAAUGAGGAGACGAGAGAUAAUUGGAUGUCAUGUCUCCAAAACUUAUUACGACAAAUUCGUAGUGAAUCUUACAAGUCUAAUGCCACUGCCAGUACUGAUAGGUCCUCUUUUUCAUCCCCUUAUAGCCAUCCUCACUAUAGCGGAGUUUCAGUGAAUAGUUGUGCAGCCAGGCAGAUUUCAGAAGUUAUACCAAAGCAAUUAAACCACCAUCAAUCGUUUGAACAUGACUACAGGGCUAUUUCUGAAAACUACAAGUAUUCCAUCCCAGAAUCUAUGUUGAUGGUACGGGUAUCAUUCAACAGUGAUUUCUACACUUUAUUGGUAUCAAUGGAAGCUGACAUUGAUGAAGUACUAGUUAUUCUAAAGAAGAAACUAGCCCAUGCUGGAUCCAUUUGUAAGAUAAAAUACCAAGAUGAGGACGGUGAUUUCGUGAUGCUAGAAAGCGAAGAUGAUUGGUCUGUUGUUAAGGAUAUGUUAAAAGAAAGCAAGGAACGCAUGUUGAAUGUUUGGGCGUUCAUCUAG